AUGGUUGAAAUCACAAUGAUUAGUAUAUUGUUUUUCACGGCAGAUCCCUAUUGUUUAUGGAAAACAUAAUUCACAGAAUAAACAUUUUCAUCACUCCCUUCUAAUUGGUAUAUCACUGGGGCAUAUAGUGGAAAUAGACUUUCUGACUGCUCAGGGACAACUAUUAUUGGGGGAUAUGGAAUUGUUGGAUCUGGAAGCUAAAUACAUGGAUCAUAUUCUAACCUUCCAAGACAUAGUGCAAUCAAAGUGAGAUUAAAAGUGUACUAUAUUGAUUCAUGGGAUACAGAGGUAGCUACGAUUAAUGUAGCUGGAUUUGUUAAAUAGAGAACUUGGUAUUUAGAUUGGGGGUGGAGUGAUAUGUGCGGAGCUGGUUUCAAUGAUGGAUAUUUUUGGGAAACUUUGCAAGGAAGUCAUACUGCAGAUUCUUUUUCUAUUAAUCUAUCAAAUGGAUUAGAUGAUGACGCCUACAAUGAAUCAUUAGGUUUAAAGGAUGUCGAAAUAUAUCUAAUUCCAGCUUAAUGUAUAUAAUUUUUUAGUGAAUGUAAUUAUACUGGAACCAUGAAAGAACUUUGUCAAGGAGCUCCAAAUUUGGAUAGGAGAAAUAUCCCGUAGUAAAUAAAAUCAAUAAGAGUUGAUGGUUGUGGGUAGGUUAAACUAACAAAAAAAGGAUUGGGUUCAAUAACAAUAACUGAAAAUACUCCAUGUUUAACAGAAUUUGAUUUCCCUCCAGUUGAAAAUUUAAAUAGAUGA